GAAGCAAGGCUGAAACAUCUCAAGCAAAGGCUAGCAAUCCCUUUUGAUGGCUCUUUCUUGGAUCAUCAAGAUGCUCUUAGGCAACUAUGGAGGUUAUCUUAUCCUGAUAGACCGCUCCCAUCUCUUAAAUCCGAGCUUUGGAAAGAAAUGGGUUGGCAAGGAUCUGACCCUUCAACAGAUUUCAGGGGUGGAGGAUUCAUAUCAUUGGAGAACCUUAUCUUCUUUGCCAAGACACACCCGGAAUCUUUCCAGAACCUGUUGCACAAACGAAAGGGGAACAGAUCUGAGUGGGAGUAUCCAUUUGCUGUCGCUGGCAUCAAUAUAUCAUUUAUGUUGGUCCAAAUGUUGGAUCUUCAAUCAGGGACACCAAACACCCUGGCAGGUAUCCGCUUCCUAGAAUUACUCAGCGAGGAUGACAUGGCGUUUGACAACCUGUUUUGUAUCGCCUUUGAAAUGCUCGACGCACAGUGGCUAGUGAAGCGUGCAUCAUAUAUGGAAUUUAAUGAUGUUUUGAAGGCCACAAGACUGCAGCUAGAGCGCGAGCUUGGUCUGGAAGAUACCUCCACUGUAAAAGAUUUGCCUGCCUAUAAUCUAUUGAGGAGAUAAUGUACCUCAGUUUACUCCAAGAUGUUAGUUUUAUUUAAUUUUUACACCUCUGUAACCACUGUAUAUGCUAAUACACCAUGUUUAAGAUUCUCUCCCCAAGUGCAUUAUGUUGGCUGGAAAGUUCUGAUGUACAUGAUUUAGAGUUGAGACAAAUGUUCUGGUUUUUGUUUGA